UUCCAAUUCCGCGAUUAUUCCGGUGUGAACGACUCCUAACUAUUUACCUGUCACCUGUCACUGAUGUCAACAGACGUCAAGACUUGACAGUGUCUCUAAAUUACAAAAAGGAAGUUUUAAUCAGAUAAAACGUGUCAACAAUAGGUCACGCAAACGUAGAUAAAUAUAAAUAAAGCCACUUGAUAACACUAUUAUGGAAUUAAUAAAAACACCGAAGGUCGAAAAUGUUCGAAUGUUGGACAGAUUCUCGAAAACACCGUCACUCGGAACACUGUAUCUUACAGCAACGCAUCUUAUCUUUGUUGAUCCGGACGCCAAAAAAGAAACAUGGAUUCUCCACAUGCAUAUUGCCAAUGUAGAAAAACUUACGUUGACCACAACUGGGUCACCACUUUUAAUUCGCACGAAAACAUUUCUGUCAGUGACUUUUGUUAUUCCAAAGGAAAGAGACUGCCACGACAUUUAUAUCACAUUGCAGCAACUGUCACAACCUAGUAGUAUUGAAGAACUGUAUUGUUUCACUUAUACAUCACCAGUUGAGGAAAUUGCCAAGCCGACAGGGUGGGAUUUUUUUAGUCUCCAAGCUGAGUAUGAAAGACAGGGUGUUCCUAAUGAACAGUGGUGUUUAACCAAACUAAAUUCAGACUAUGAUCUUUGCGAAACCUACCCAAAAUAUCUCAUUGUACCUGCUUCUGCAAACAUCACAACCCUUAUGGGAAGUUCCAAAUUUCGCUCAAAAGGGCGGCUACCGGUGCUGGCAUAUUUGCAUAAUAAUAAAGCUAGUAUUAGCCGCUGCAGCCAGCCCUUGUCUGGUUUUAGCGCAAGGUGUCUCGAAGACGAGAAAAUGCUAAAUCAUGUGUUGAGAACCAACCCCAACUCCAACUUUAUGUAUGUUGUAGACACCAGACCAAAGAUUAAUGCUAUGGCCAACAGGGCGGCAGGAAAAGGCUACGAAAACGAAGCCUUUUACGAAAAUAUAAAAUUCCAAUUCCUGGGCGUGGAAAACAUUCACGUGAUGCGAAACAGCUUAACCAAAGUCAUUGAAACUUGUGAGCAGAAAAACCCAACAAUGAACAGCUUUUUAAGCGGAUUGGAAUCCAGUGGUUGGCUUCGGCAUAUCAAAUCAAUUUUGGACACUUCAUGGUUCAUUGCUCAAGCAGUUGACGACGGAAUUAAUGUGGUUGUGCAUUGUUCAGAUGGCUGGGACCGAACAGCACAAGUUUGUUUUUUAGCCGCGUUGUUACUGGAUCCGUUUUAUAGAACUAUAAGUGGUUUUCAAGCGCUAAUUGAGAAAGACUGGUUAGCUUUUGGUCACAAAUUUUCUGAACGUUGUGGCCAUAUACAGGGCGAUAGUAAAGAAAUAUCGCCGGUUUUCACCCAACUUUUGGACUGUACGUGGCAAUUGAUGCAACAAUUCCCUUCCGCGUUUCAAUUUAAUGAGAAAUUUUUACUGACGUUGCAUGACCACGUCCAUUCUUGCCAAUUCGGGACUUUUAUCGGGAAUAGUGAGAAAGAAAAGAUUGAUUUGAGAUUAGCUGAAAGGACUUAUUCUUUGUGGGGAUAUAUGGCCACAUAUUUAAAUGAGUAUGAAAACCCUCUCUAUGAUGCUAGUGAAUUUUCAGGUGUACUAAUCCCUGUGUUAGCUCCACAGAAUAUCACGUUUUGGAGGGGAAUGUACUGUAGAUUUGAAUCAGGUGUUCACCCCAGGGAACCCCAGACUGACUUGCUUCUCGCCACUGUCAACCACACGCAUUCCCUUGAUGACCACAUCAAAUAUUUAUCCAAAAGGGAUUCUUUUAACGGGCGCACUUUUUUUCAGAGGAUAUCUUCAAUGAAGUCGUUCAUCGCCAAAGCCGUUGAAAACAAGUUCAACAAAAUGAACGACAGUCGUAGCAGAGCUACGCCUACAGACAAUCGUUAUUACUACGAAAAAACGCGCGAAUUGGAGGCUUCAGACCACGAUCAUCCUCUGAAGGUGUCCACAGCGCCAAAACCAGAGGAGUUAUCGCCGUCUCUAAGCUCCCAAAAUUUGUCCAAAGAUCUAGAAUCAGUGGCUCUCGAUUGGAAGAGUCUGCGCAAUACUCACGAGUGCAUUUGUUCGUCGUAUUUUGACCAGUUGAGUAAGAAGACCCAUUGUAGAAGAUGCGGAAACAUAUUUUGUAUGAGGUGUAUAACAAAAAAGACUUUUCUUCCAGGACAUUUGGAGCAGAAUAAUGUUUCAGUAUGUAAGCCUUGUUAUGAAAUGCUAGUCAAUUCGACGGAAACAUCAGAUUAAUAUAUUCCUGAAAAUUGUUACUACAUAUUAUGAAUUAUUUAUUUUUUUAUUUGACGCAUAGUAUAAUAUUGAGCUUAUUAAAACCCAGCACUGGGUGUGAAUAUUCAGUUUGAAUAAAUUUUGUUAUUUACAGGAAACA